AUGGAUCUAGGAAAAGCCCCCUUUCAAUGGAUGUUGCAGGUAGACUUUGCAGACAUCGACGAGCACGCUGAUGAUAAGAACAAGGCCGUUCUUCAACUUCUUCGAGAUUCUGGGCUGGAGAAGUUUCUCUCGGGUCCAUUCACCAUCUAUCCGGCGGCAGUGACGGAAUUCUUGGCGACGGCGACACUGUUGAAGAGAAAAGUAUCUGCUACCGUCAACGGGAAGGCGGUUCUUAUAACUGAAGAAAUCUUUGCGGAGGCCCUCGGUCUGCCUAACACAGGCUCGGACUUGAAAUUCGACCUAACCGACGCAGAAUCAAAUGCUGCCCGGUUGGUUGUAUCCCUUUCAGGUCAGGACCUGGUGCUCCACAACAGCCGGAAAAUCAAGCUGAAACCGGAAUACAAAUGGCUAGUGACCAUCAUCUCCAAAUCGCUCCAAGGAAAAGGAGGAGACAGAACAGCUACAGAAGGUCCUACUCAGGCAGAUAAAGGCAAGGGCAUUCUGAUUGAAGAACCAACUGAAACCGGAACGGGCACAUUGCAGAUCGACCCUCAGACUGAAGCCACAACCGGAGAAGAAUACCCAUAUACUUUAGAGAAAGAAAAUGAGUUGUUCGAUGAAUUCAUCCAAGAUAUGAACAAAGGUGCAAGUGAGGCACUAGCUCCAUAUAUGCGGUGGGUGAAGCUCCGGACAGAGACCAAAUUAUCUGACAUGCUUCCAGGUUUCAGUGGAAACAAGCAAUGGGACGCUCUCGUCCAGCUAGAAGAGAGGGCACUCGAGUUGGCUAACACCCAAUUGAUCCAACCGGCGUUUUCCAAAGCUCCGGUACUUCUCGAAAACGUGCGGCUACAGGCAAUUGAGAAUGCCUUUCAAGAAAUCAAAGGAAAGGAGCUGGAACAGAUUGAAAUGAAGAUGGCGGAGCGAUUUAUUGGAGUACGAGAACAGCUCCUGCAAAGAUUCGAACGACUUGACAAGAAAUGGUGGGACACCUGCCAACGACAAUUCAAUAAUCCUGAGUUAUUUCAGAGUAAGCCCUUCUUUAUAACUAGUGAAACAUCUGGCACUUCUGAAAACCGAGAACAAGAAGCCUCUCAACCGGCUAAGGCUCUGGACAUCGAGCAGAUCAAACAAGCAGUGGUAGACACAGCUGAUUCUUGCCUUGGGAACUUUAAAGUAGUAACCGAAGAAAGAAUCUCAGCGGCUGAAGAUAAAAUGGUAAACUCUCUACAAGCUAUGAUGGAUACAACUAUGCAAUCAACAGUUCAAACUAUGAUUACCGAGUCUGUCAAGGCUGCAACCGCUCCACUGUUGGACAUGCUGCAAGCCAUGGCAAUCCAGAUCGAGAGGAGAGAAAUGGAGAUGGAAGCAGAAGAAGGGUCAAUUCCGAGUUUGAAGAAUGAAUUCCAUGAAAAUUGCCCUGGUUGUAAAGCUGACCAGUUAAAAGAGAUGCAAAAGGGUUUUCCUAUUAAAGGCUUGUUUACAAUGUGGAUGAUUGUUCUUUGCACAUCUCUUCCAAUUGCAUCACUUUAUCCAUACCUUUACUUUAUGAUAAGGGACUUCAAAAUUGCUAAAACAGAAGAAGACAUUGGUUAUUAUGCUGGUUGUGUAGGUUGUUCGUUUAUGCUUGGGAGAGCUCUCACGUCGGUGUUUUGGGGAGUAAUAGCGGAUCGAUACGGAAGAAAACCAGUCAUAAUCAUAGGAACUAUCACAGUGGUUAUUUUCAACACUCUGUUUGGUCUAAGUGUGAACUUUUGGAUGGCUGUCAUUACAAGAUUUUUACUUGGCAGCUUAAAUGGUUUACUUGGGCCAAUACAGGCAUAUGCUGUUGAAAUUUUCAAUGAAAAAUAUCAAGCUGUGGGAGUUUCAUCUAUUUCAACUGCAUGGGGGAUAGGAUUAAUCAUUGGCCCUGCAUUGGGAGGCUUUCUUGCUCAACCUGCUGAGAAGUAUCCAACUCUCUUUUCUAAAGAUUCUUUGUUUGGGAGGUUUCCAUACUUUUUGCCAUCCCUUUGUAUAUCGGUUUUUGCAUUUAUUGCAGCAAUUAUGGAAAUUUGGAUACCGGAAACAUUGCACAAUCACAGUACAUGUGAAAAUAAGUCAUUUGAAGCACUUGAAGCUAUGCCAUCUUCACCCACAAUAAGGAAUACAGAAGAUAUGGAAGGGGUCAAACCUAAAUCUGAAAGUCUAUUCAAGAAUUGGCCUUUAAUGUCUUCAAUCAUUGUCUAUUGCAUCUUCUCCCUUCAUAAUAUGGCCUACUCAGAGAUCUUCGCUCUAUGGGCAGUAAGCCCAAGGAAAGAUGGUGGCUUGAGCUAUUCAACAAAUGAUGUGGGAAUAGUUCUCGCUAUCUCAGGUUUGGGCCUUCUAAUUUUUCAAUUAUGUUUCUAUCCAUUUUUGGAUAGGAAAUUGGGACCGAUCAGGAUAGCUCGCUAUUUUGGAGCCUUGUCCAUUCCUAUAUUGCAAGCUUACCCAUUUAUGAUCUUCCUCCCUGGAAUCAUGCUUCCCCUGUUGCUAAACUGUGCAUCUAUUUUAAAGAGUUCAUUUGCUGUGGCAAUUAUAAGCGCCAUGUUCUUAAUACAAAAUAAAGCUGUGCCUCAAAACCAAAGAGGAGCUGCAAAUGGCAUCGCAAUGACAGCGAUGUCACUCUUUAAAGCUGUAGGUCCAGCCGCUGGAGGAAUACUAUUUUCAUGGGCACAAAAGCGUCAACAUUCUGCUUUUCUUCCAGGGGAUCAUAUAAUAUUCUUUGUGCUUAAUAUAAUUGAGCUGAUUGGAGUGCUGCUGACUUUCAAACCAUUUUUAGUCAGGAAGGAAUGA